AUGGUUUCCAGGACCGCAAAAGAAUGUCCAAAGGUUGCCCGAUUACCGUGGGAAAUCAGAUCUGAUCACGUGCAUAUCGAUAGGGAGUUCCUACUUGGAGAAGGCACCAUCUCGAACGUAUACCUCGGUAAGUUGAAAGGAAAGGCGCCAAUUCUGCAAUGGAUCGGUCGCAUAGAAAUGAAGCAGUAUCAGGAUUGUCCAGUAGCAGUGCGGGUGCCACGACACUUCGAUGAACCGGAGGAGGACCAACUGUUUCGAGAGAUUUCUUCCAUGAGAAGGCUACGUCAUCAUGACCACAUUGCUCUGUUUCUCGGUAAGCUUGCUCAUUUACGGUUUUGGGUAGUAUUCAGUUUUGGAUCUAACUCGUCACGUUCUUCUUGA